ACUCAUCCGUCCGGGUAUAUAAUGGGCUCCGUCUCCAAGCCUCCUCCACUCUUCACCGAUAACAUCGCCGGAGCCACCACAACUUCGGGUCCCUCCAGCACCGCUCCUUUCCCCCAAUCAAUCGCCACGGCGACUGCCGCGCUCAGGGCCCAGUUGAACAACCUUGUCACAUCCAUGUUCGCCACAGGUAUGGUGGAUGAGUAUUUCUAGUACUUGCAGUCGAUGGAUGAGGAUGGCAGCUCAGGCCCAGGCUUGGUCCCUGAGGUCAUCAACCUCUUCAUCACCAACACCAACAGGAUCCUCAACGACAUCGUCGGCCUGCUGAACCAGCCCGUGGACUUCAACAAGGUCGACGACCCGGUGCAUCAGCUCAAGGGGUGCAGCUGUAGGUGA